ACAGGGGCCAAUCAGGACGGUGCUGACGAAGGGCGUGGCCGGCAUCGGGAAAACAGUGCUGACUCAGAAGUUGAGUCUGGACUGGGCUGAAGGCCGGGCCCACCAGGACCUCCAGCUGCUGUUCCCGUUCACUUUCAGAGAGCUCAAUGUGCUCAGAGUCACAGUUCAGCCUGGUGGAGCUGCUGCACCACUUCUUCAGUCCAUCCAAAGAUCUCUGCAGCUUUGAAGACCUCCAGGUGCUCUUCAUCUUUGACGGUCUGGACGAGUGCAGACUUCCUCUGGACUUCGGCCGAACCCGGGUCCUGAGCGACCCCACAGAGUCCACCUCAGUGCACGUGCUGCUGGUGAACCUCAUCAGGGGGAGCCUGCUUCCCUCCGCUCGCCUCUGGAUAACCACACGACCCGCCGCGGCCAAUCAGAUCCCUGCUGAGUGCGUCUCCAUGGUGACAGAGGUCAGAGGGUUCACCGACCCACAGAAGGAGCAGUACUUCAGGAAGAGGUUCAGAGAUGAACACAAGUCCACAGACGUCAUCUCCCACAUCAAGACUUCUCGCAGCCUCCACAUCAUGUGUCACCUCCCGAUCUUCUGCUGGAUCCUCUCCACAGUCCUGGAGAACAUUAUGAGAGAAAUGCCUGAAGUUCUGCCCAAGACUCUGACCAACCUAUACAUCCACUUCCUGAAGGUCCAGAUUAAACAGAAGAACGUCAAAUACAAGAGAGAACCUGAGGCAGGACUGGCCUGGACUCCAGAGACCAGGGAGAUGGUGAAGUCUCUGGGGAAAUUGGCCUUUGAGCAGCUGCAGAAAGGAAACCUGAUCUUCUACGAGAGUGACCUGAGCGAGUGUGGGCUGGACGCUGCAGCGGCCUCAGUGUACUCCGGAGUGUUCACACAGAUCUUUAGAGAGGAGCCAGGCCUGUACCAGGACAAGGUCUACUGCUUCAUCCAUCUGAGUGUGCAGGAGUUUCUGGCGGCUCUUCACGUCCAUCAGACCUUCUUCAGCUCUGGAGUGGACCUUCUGUCCUCACCUCACUCCUCUGAGAGUCCAGACCCUGAGGCAGACUUCUACCGCUCUGCUGUGGACCAGACCUUACAGAGUCCAAACGGACACCUGGACCUGUUCCUGCGCUUCCUCCUGGGGCUGUCUCUGCCGACCAAUCAGAGGCUGCUGCAGGGUCUGCUGACUCACACAGGAAGUGACCGGGACAAUCAGGAGACAGUGGAAUACAUCAAGGAGAAGCUCAAUGGAGGUGUGUCUGCAGAGAGGAGCAUGAACCUGUUCCACUGCCUCUACGAACUCCAUGACCGCAGCCUGGUGGAGGAGGUCCAGAGCUUCAUGAGAAGAGGCUGGCUGUGUGAGAUCCCUCUGACUCAUGCGGACUGGUCGGCUGUGGCCUUCCUCUUACUGUCCUCAGACUCAGACCUGGACGAGUUUGACCUGAGGAAAUAUGGCUGUUCAGAACGAGCUCUUCGGCAGCUGCUGCUGGUGAUCAAAACCUCCACCACGUCCAUUCUGUCCAGCUGUAACCUGACGGAGCUCAGCUGUGCUCCUCUGGCCUCAGUCCUCAGCUCCUCCAGUCUCACACAUCUGGAUCUCAGUAACAACGACCUCCAGGACUCAGGAGUGGAGCUGCUGUGUUCUGGGCUGAAGAGCGCCCCCUGCAGACUGGAGACGCUCAGUCUGUCUGGAUGUCUGGUGUCAGAGAGCGGCGGCGCUGCUCUGGCCUCAGCUCUGAGCUCCGUCCCCUCCCACCUCAGAGAGUUCGACCUGAGCUACAACCAUCCAGGACCCUCAGCAAAGCUCCUGAGCGCUCUACAGGACCAGCGCCCCCUGCUGUCUGUCAGGUUGGAUCCUGCAGGAGAACAGUGGAUGGUUCCGGGUCUGAGGAAGUAUUUGUGUGACGUGUCUCUGGAUCCAAACUCAGCUCACAGGAGACUCGUGGUGUCUGCAGACAGACUCACAGUGACACAUGAGGAGGACGAGGAGCAGGAGGAAGAGCAGAGUCCAGAUCAUGAGGACAGGUUCCUCCUCUGGCCUCAGGUCCUGAGCUCGUCUGGCCUGAGGGGGCGCUGUUUCUGGGAGGUGCAGUGGAGGGGCUGGGUGGACGUGGCAGUGACGUACAGACCCACAGGAGACACAGAGGAGAAGUUUGGACAGAGUCAUCAGUCCUGGAGUCUGAGGAUUAAUGACACAGGGUUCUACGCGUGUCACGACAACACAGAGACCUUGGCCAUGUCCCACAGCUCAGAUGAGACGGCCGUGUCCUCAGAUAAAAUAGGCGGGGCUUCGGGCGGCGUGGGCGUGUACCUGGACUCGGAGGCUGGCUCUCUGUCCUUCUACAGGGUCUUCUCUGAAGGAGGACUGUUCCAUCUCCACACCUUCAGCUCCACCUUCACAGAGCCGCUGUGUCCGGGGUUCGGCCUGAGCGCUCCAGGCUCCUCUGUGUCUCUGAUAAACUGAACAUGUCAUUCGUUGUUUUGCCGGUGGUGUUAGUCCACUUAAUUUAGUGAUCUAUUCUGAGCUUUUAAACAUGUUAUAGUUGUUUCCCUUCACACUGAUCCUCUGCACAGAGAGUGAUACAUGCAUGUUUGAGUCUUUAAUCUCCUGUAUUUAAGUGUGAAGUUACAUUUCUAUUUUUCUUAUAUAUGUGUAUGGUUCAGCAGCAUCGUGUAGUCAGUUUUGCACAAAUAAAAAAACAGUAGAGUAAUGUGCAGCAGACAGGAGCAGACAGUGUGUGGCUCUUUGUUGUGAUGAGAGCAAAAUCAUUUUUUAAAAGUUGUUUUAGAUCAAUAUUGCAAUUUAAAGUGAUAACAAAAUGACCCAUGUGUGUUAUAGAUUAUUAUGGAAGCCCUGAGAGGCAAGAGAGAGAGAGAAAAAAGAGGCAGGUCAUUUGGGCUCUAUUUUCUAAGUGUGUUUUUUUUUCACCAAGUCACCAAAAAAACAACAACCAAGUGUUUUUCCAGUAUGUUACUGUAAAUACCAAACUUCAGUGCCGGUGGACCAGUGGAAGAUUAGCUCAUGGUGUUAGGACGUGGGCAGCUGAGAAAAAUUAUAGCUUUUUUUAUUUUUAAUUUUUUUGUGGAAACCGAACCGUCUCUUCACUGAGAGGCUCCUGGCCAAGUGUUCAUGAUGAAGCUGUAAACAUGCAACUCUAAUGCAAAUAUUGUU